AUGGAGGCACAGCGCCAGGGCAGGCAACCACCCGCCAGGGUCGAUGUUGCCAAAAAAGACCGGCCUAUCACGAAUGGCAGAAAGAACCUCACUCUAAUGAUCGCUCGGUACGCCCUAGAGUAUCACCUAUCCCGCAUCGAGACAGAGCCGUGGCAGCUCGAUGCACUCUUCCUCUACAACCCGCAUCCUUCUGGCGGUAUUUACCCCUGCCUUCCGAUCGUCCUUGUUGGAGAGGUUGUCAAUAUCUCAUCAUCAGAUGAGCCCUCGGCGCCGAGGGUCGUGGAGUUCUGCAUUGAGACGUACACAAAGGCGCGGGAGCUUGUCGCGCUGCUUGGCGAGCCCAGUCGCACGGGUGGCGGCGAGUUAAUGCACUUUGGCCCCAGCUUGUGGCUCGAGUGGCGGCUGCGGCUGCGAUUGCAAACACAAGAGCCGGGUGACGCUGUGGCGUCGAGAGAAAUGUCCCUGCACGUCUCUCUUCAAGGCGACGGCAGCAGGGGCGCAGAUCGUUGGGAAAGGGGAAAGGCGAGCGAGUGCACGUGGGAGUACCUGCAUCUCCAAUAA